AUGAGCCGCAUCGCCGACAAAUUGCGCAAUAACGUGGACAACCAGGCAUGCGCCGACUGCGGGGUGCCCGUGACGGCGUCUAUGGCGUGGGCCACAAUCACGCACGGCGCUUUCGUGUGCAUUCAGUGCGCAGGCGUCCACCGCAACCUUGGCGUCCACGUGUCCCGGAUCAAAUCCGUCCACAUGGACACGUGGACAUCGGACGAACUCGAGCUCAUGAAGGGCAAUCGUGCUGCCAAUUCAGCCCUGGAAAAGCAUGUGACGCCGGCCGUCAAGGCAGCAGUCAGUCGCAGUGAUGCGUGCCGAGUGGCAUAUAUUCAGGCAAAGUACGCGUUGAAAACGUUCGCGUCGCCAAACGGUGCAACGUUCCAACUACCCACAACCACGUGCGAAGUCCAUCCGCAGCAGAUGCCGACUAGGCGAAACUCGGCCCCGUCGAUCCAGGUGGACAUCGCCAAGCGAUUCGUCAACUACUUUGUGGUGGUCGGCAGGGGCUCCAGUCUCAAGCAGACAGUCGUGUCAUCGACCGGACCAGGCGACAUUCAGUUCCAGCCAACCAUCCUUGACAGUUAUCCAGACCCUCUCCCCGACGCGCCGCUGCCACCGCACAUUGCUCAGUUUGCAUUUCCCGAAGGGCUGACCCUGAGCGCCGCAUUUCGUGAACCGACAUUCUUCUCCUUUGUCCUGACCAACGUUAGCGGCGCCAAGCUCUAUGCAUGCGCGCUCCAAUUCGACGAGCUCCUGACACCGUUUGAAGUGAUGGCGCUGUUCGUCAAGGACGUUAUGCCAACGUGGGCACAAGCGUUGUCGAGUGGGGCCAAGCAGGCGUCGUCGGUGUACAGCCCCAAGUGCCUCGUCGUCCUGAGCCAGUAUCCGUUCUACUCGACGUUUCGAAUGUUCCUGCAGCAAAUAUACCGACUGUCGUUGUCCGAGGCCCCGCUCCCGUUGGAACGAUACGUGGCCAACUUUACGGCCGAGAUCCCAGUCCCGCCUCCUGGCAGGGUUCAAGUGCAGCUAACACUGCCCGAAUGCACCGUGCUUGUGUCGCGCCCGCCAACCAACCAGCUUCCCCACGCAGACGUGAACUUUCGACCGCUGUUUCAAAUGCUCGACCUCAACAACGUCCUGACCGUGUUUACGUGCCUAUUGCUCGAGCAAAAGGCAAGGGAGCCCGUGGCGUUGUGUUCCAAACACCUGAGUGUCUUGACCCCGAUCGCGGAAGCCCUUCAGUCUCUGCUCUUUCCCUUGUACUGGCAAGGCGCAUACAUCCCGAUCUUGCCGUCGUCGCUGCUCGAUAUCAUCGAUGCCCCAGUGCCAUUUCUGGUCGGUGUCCACUCCAAAUACCUUGCCACGUCGUCCCGCAGCUGUGCCACCGACGUCUUCUUCGUCGACUUGGACCACAACCGCAUCCUUCCACCAUCCAACGACGUUGGCCAGGAAUCGGUGCUACCUAAGCUCCCCGAUCGCGAAGCGGGCAAGUUGCGCAGCAAGCUGCAGGAAGUCGCAAACGUAUUCGAUCCAUUUGCGCCGGAAAUUGACAAAGCCGACCUGGCGUUCGACCACCAAGAUUAUUUGACCCCCAUUCAAGAUGUGAAUGGCACGACGGGCGGCCGCACUGUGCUGCAUGUGGCCGACGCGGAGCGCAAAGCGAGCUUGUCACUCGACAGGAAGGCCACGUUGUCGUUUCAAACGCUCAAGAUGCUCGUGCCGUCGCAGUCGACGUCCGUCCUCGCGGAACGGUCCGCGUCGGCGGCGUUCAACAACUCGACGGGGAGUGGCGCGCCGUCCGUAAACAAUACGAGCACGAAUGGAUCCAUGUUUCUGUCGGAUCCAGUCCGCCACGCUUUUCUCCGCUUCUUCGUCAGCAUCUUCAAGCGGUAUGCGACCUACUUGAACCCCAAGGCUUUACACCACCCCUCGGAAGCCCUCUUUGACGCGACGGCGUUCUUGCGAGACAACAGCGAUGCUGCGUCUCGCCCGUUCCUGGCGACUUUGAUCGGGUCGCAGAUGUUUCAGCGCUUCUGCCAAGACCGAGGGACGAGCCCCCAGCUCCCGGAAGUGCUCUUCUUUGACGCGUCGAUUCAUCAAAAACUCAAUCGGUCCGUCACGCUCGGGAAAAAGCACGAUGUAUCGUUCCUGGAGGACAAGUCCGAGAACAUUCGCGAAACGUUUGUCGCGCCGCCGCCGUCGACGAUGGGACUCCCCGACAAUGGCAUGCGGUACAAGUAUCGAGGGUUCCCCCGCCUGAAGCGGCAACUGUUUGGCACGACUCGAAAACCUCGCGAACUCUUUACCGCCAAGGAACAACCGCGCCACGUUGCCCCCGUCGACGUCCACCAGCAAAUCUACAAACUUAGCACGUGCGUCGUCGAGUCGGGGACGAGCUGGGAUGCCACGCGGAAGCUUGUCAUUUCGCUGCAAGCACUGUACCGCAUGCAUCGCGCGCAAAAGGCGUAUCGAAAGCAACGAGCGGCCGUUCUAGCCAUUCAAUCGUUUGUGAGCGCCCACCUCAAGCGCCGCGCCAUGCAUGACAACUACCGCCGGUUCCGCUGGGCUGUUGUGAAGUUACAAAGUCGCAUGCGGUCCAAAGCCGUGCAACGCGCGUAUGCCGUCGCCGUCUACGCUCUGACCAAGCUCCAAGUCAUUGCCAAAGGAUACGUUUACGCCGCGCGAUACCGCCGCCUGCGCCGCGGCAUGCUUCGCCUCCAGGCGUGGUACCGUCGCAAGCACCAGGAGCAAUGGUACCAUCGCCAGCUGCACCGCAUCGUGCUCGUCCAGAGUCGCGCUCGCGGGAUGCUCGCCCGGAUUCAGUCGCUCCGGUGGCGGAAGAGCUACUUGAUGGACCUGAAGCACCACAUAUUCAUGUUGUGGCGCGAUGGCGCGAUUCCACUCGUGUAUCGAUCCAAGUUUUGGAUCAUGUUCGACCGUGCGGACUUUAUGAGCAUUGGCGUACGUGCCGUCGAGGUGCUGCCGAGUUAUGACGUCGAUAUGUCCCAGGUGCAUUUGGAGGAAAUCGCACGGCUACAAGCGAUCUUGGGGUACCCCAAGCCGGCGGCAGUGGCCCCAAUGCCUGCUACCACAACGGCCAAGACCACGGUCGAACGCAGCGACAUGGACAAAGUCUUGUCGCGAAGUGCGAGAAAACGCCGCCAGCGCAUCCUCAAGACAUCGCACACGAGCCGUGAAAUCGCAAACGUGCGGCUGGACGAAGAGCGCUUGCACUUGUACGACCAGCUAAAGUACCACACGACCGACUCGAUUGUCCAGUCGCUGUAUCGGGCGAUGGGGAUUCCCGUCACAUACAAAAAGAAGAAGCGAAAGCUGAUUGAGCUCCUCUGGACGUCGCUCGAGACUGCCCAAAGCAGUGCUGAAAUUGUGCUGUCCAUCGGCGUCAGCGGCGCGCAACAGACGAGUGCCGGCACAAUGGAAUCGAAGCUCCACUCGCGCAUUUGCUCGGACUUGGCAUUCACCGUGAAUGCGGCCAUGGCCUCGCUCCAGAAAAUGAAACCCUCCGCGGGCAAACUUGGCCCCUUGCCGAAGCGAACACGAGAGGCGUCCGAGCGCCUGCGUCAGGAAGACAGCAAGGAGGCACUGAUGCGGUCGAUGGUGUACCAAAAUCACUGCCUCGAGAUCCAAGUGGCAGAGACCCAGCGAGAGUUGGUGAAAUGCCGUCAACUGCUAGCGGCGGCGGCGUCGCCACAAGAACCCACGACGCCGAUAUCAGCCGCCGACGACCCCGACGACGUGAAGACGACAGGCACACGCGUUCAACGACGGCCGAGUUUGCUACCAACUCCCCAACAGUCGUACCACAAGCUCGUGUGAAGUCAAAUGCGGCCGCAUGCGUGAGGAUGUGUUGCGAGGAGCGAAACAAUAUAAUCGGUCGGACAUUAUGACUCCCUUGUGCAUGUCCACAAGAACAAUGCGUGCUAAGCACUUGGACCAUUACCGGCGGCGCUCGCUGCACAGCUCGUGCUGGCAAAGCGUACAACCUUGAGCAAGAGGAUGGGACACAUGGCCACAUCUGUCGCUGAGCUCGCUUG